CCUCAGGACGGGUAUCGCAUCGUUCAGCACCUGCAGUACAUUGGCUGGCCAGCAUACAGGGACACCCCUCCUUCCAAGCGCUCCCUCCUGAAGGUGGUCAGAAGGUUGGAGAAGUGGCAGGAACAGUACGAUGGGAGAGACGGACGGACCGUUGUCCACUGCCUGAACGGUGGGGGACGCAGCGGCACCUUCUGCGCCAUCUGCAGCGUCUGUGAAAUGAUUCAACAGCAAAACAUCAUCGAUGUGUUCCACAUAGUGAAAACGUUACGGAAUAACAAAUCCAACAUGGUGGAGUCACUGGAGCAGUAUAAAUUUGUAUACGAGGUUGCACUGGAAUACUUGAGUUCCUUUUAGCCCAGCGGAGGGAGGGGAGCCUCCGAAGUGCCGGACCCUGAUCUCUGGCAGACGCUUCUCUCCUCUCCCACACCGGAAGGCAGUACCAGUGUGGGAAGGAAAACCUCUCCUUCCCGGAGCAAGAGACUGAGAUUGCACAGACCUCGCUGGAAGGAGGAGACGAUGCCUGUGUUUGCUGCUGCCUGCUUUCUAUCGGAACAUCUACUGCUUCUUGAAUAACCUUCUGUAAAAAUUAGCAAAAUGGGAGACAGGCUGAAAGACUGGACUUUCUAAUCCCCUCUGACUUCUUCUCUCCUCUUCUCUUUUGGAUUGUAUUUUUGCUCUCUUUGCUGCAGAGUGGGGAAGGAAUGAAACCCUUAGGAAAUUCUCUUUUAAACAUCUCCGUUUUAAUUUAUGAUUUUAUUCUCAAAUCCCAGUCUUUAAUUUUUUAAUUUUAUACAGCAGUCAUUUGGGAAAAAUGAGAUAGCCAUAGGGAAUGUAUGAAAUGUGUCAUGACAAUUUGUCUAUCUUAUCUGUUUCCUUUUUUUUGUUUUUCCAAAUGAAAAG